UAUCAAACAAAAAAGAAUCAAAAUUAACUCAUAAAAUUAAUCAAUUAUUGAUUUAUCAAUACAUUAAAUAGUGAUGUUUGAUUUUGAACUAUUCAUAAAAUUUCGGGGCCAGGUCUUAACAUUAUUUAUCUGAAGAGGUACAUUUUAUAUUUGAAAUCAUCACAAUUGGAGACGGUGGACUAAAGACACAUAUAACAAUUUUUAUUUUUUUUCCUUUAAACAUUUCGCAAUCUCUAUUACUAUCCUUGUAGUUUUAUGAAACUUUUGGGUCGUUUGGUAGUUUUCCUCAACAUUGAGUAGGUAAUUGUAAUAUCCCCAAUAUUUAGUUGUCAGGUCCCAAUUGUAACCGACCGCCAAAACUGAUUUCAAAAUUGCCGGAGCUAAAAAACACAGAGGCCAAACAGUUCCCAAUCCGUCAAACAAAUCAAAGCCGACCAUCACCAUUAACAGUCAUCUCUUUCAAGCUUAUACCUCUCCCUCACUUAGGCAACCACAUUUCACGGAAUCCUAGAUAGUUGCUUUCCCUCUUUGCAAUUUACCCAAAUUUUAAGUCGCUGGAAACACACGCGCCUCCCGCAGUCACUCACAAUUGUGCUGUGCUUCAAUGGAGAAGAGGCUCCGUUCAUCCCUCCGUACCUCAGCCGAAGAAUUUUUAUCUUCAGCUGUGAAAUCGGGAUUUACGAAAUCCACUAAGUCCUCUCUCAAAACCCUAAUUCACAGCAUUUCCCCCUCCUCUGAACUCACAUCUUCCCUUCCUCCGGCUCUCCACAGUGCAAUUUCCCAGUCCAUUCACCGAUUCAAAUCCAGUUCAAGCCGUCAAGGUUCCCCUCGGACGCCACCCGCUAAACGCCCCCGCCGUUCCUCUCGGAAACGUCAAAAGGAUGACACUCCAGAUACCAACACCGAAAAUGCUAAGUCAUCAGUGUUGGAUAAUCUUCAGGUCUACGCUCACGUCGCUUCACUCUGCGUUUCAAACCCAAAAGGUGCGUUUUCGGUUUCCGAUUUACACCCAGGGGUUCUUGAAUUACACGACAAUCUAGUUUUAUUUGAGUCAGAAUCUACGUUGUUGUUGGAGAUUGCGAAUUUGUGCGAGGAAUGGUGGAAGAGGGAUUUGGCCGGAAAAGAAACCCUCAUUUCACAGUCGUUGCCGUUUUGGUUAUCGAGGUCCUUGACUGUAAAGAAGAAAGUGGAUGUCCAUAGGGUUUACGGUCUUAGGGAGGCGUUCUUGCUGUUUGAUUUUGAGGAUGAAAGCAUUGAGGAUUUGAAAAAUUUGUUAAUUCGUUGCGUGAUAUCUCCUUUGUAUUUUAAGACCGAGGAGGGGAGGAAAUUUGUUGCCUUCAUGUUUGGAUUGAGUGGGCAGCUCGUGAAGGAGGCAUUGGCACUGAUUAAGUCUCAAAUACCAUUUGGAAAGAAAUCGAUGUUGGAGGCCUAUGGGGAGAUUGUUUUCCGUGCGUGGAAAGCUGCCGAUGGAGAUUCUAAGGAUGCAAUAGAGAAUGAAUUCUUACAGGGGUUGAUUGACAGCGCUAUACAUGCUGGCUCUGGGGCACUUGCAGCUUCUAUUCGGAGGGUUUUAGGGGUUUUUAUUGUCCAAAGAACAACAGAUGGGGUUGAAAAACUACUUUUCAGGCUUGCCGAGCCUGUGAUUUUCCGAUCUUUACAGGUGGCAAACUCCAAUGUGCGCCAAAAUGCAUUGCUUUUACUUCUGGACUUGUUCCCUCUGGAAGAUCCUGAUGCUACAAAGGAGGUUGAAGAUAACCUGCUUCAGAAACAGUUCUUUCUGUUGGAGAAGUUACUCAUGGAUGAAUGCCCAGAUGUGAGAGUUGUGGCUGUGGAAGGUGGUUGUCGCAUCCUUAAUUUGUUCUGGGAAGUCAUUCCUUCAUCUGCCAUAACCAAGACACUGACCAAAAUAUUUGAUGAUUUGACGCAUGAUACAUGCACUGAGGUCAGGCUUUCCACAGUGAAUGGAAUAAUGUAUUUACUUGGGAAUCCUCAUUCUCAUGAAAUUCUUAAAGUUCUCCUACCUAGAAUGGGGCAUUUGAUUCUGGAUGUUGCCAUGUCUGUGCGGGCUGCUAUCUUGGAUCUUCUUGUGCUUGCUAGUGACAUCCGAAAUUUUCAGUUUCAUAAGGUGGUGCGCCUAGAUUUAUUGUUGUCCACACUUGCAAAUGACCACCAACUCUUGGGUCAGAAAAUCACUAAACUUCUUAUACCGUCAUAUUUUCCAUCAAGAGUAACCCAAGAAGAAGCAUGUAAUAGGUGUAUUGCGCUUAUAAAAAGGUCCCCUGUAGCAGGGGCAAGGUUUUGUGAAUUUUUAGCAUCACAGGGAGCAUCAUCAGGGUCCCGUAUGGAGCUUUUUGGUGCCAUCAUCAGUUUAACUUUGUCACAGGACAAGGGUGAUGCGCAUUAUAUCAGUAGUUUACUCUCUGCUGUUUCCCAUGUCUGCGAAAAUUUAGUUAAUGAUGAAUCUCAACGGAAUUUUAUGAAGGAAGUUUUGAGUGGUGAAAAGCUACAGCAGCUUUUUGCUGUUGCAACUUCUUCUCAUGCUAAAUCUUGUGUCUGUAAGAUUGUCACAGCCAUUUCUCCUGAUACAGUGGAUGGUCUAUUUAAAGAGUGCCUGGGCUUGAUCAUGAACUGCGCUAACAUAAGGGAAGAUAUGGACAGGCAAAUUGAAGUUAGAUCUGCCCAUAAGAUGGUAUCCUCUUGUGGUUGGUUUGAGGGCAUGUUUGAUGCUAUGGUAAAGCAUCUACAAAAAACUGUGCAUCUAUACCACGAGAGAGUUGUCUCAGAAACUGAUCGCUCAACAAAACGGAGGAAAACUAAAUCCACCUCAAGGGUUUCAUCAAAGUCAGAUGAUAACAUGGGGAAAAAAUCACCCAUUAAUUCUGGAAAUAAAAUCGAGAAGGACCUUGCUGUUUCAGCAGGAAUAGCCUGGCAACUGAAGGAGCUACUUUCAUCUGAAAAUGCACGAAAUUCCUUGUUAGCUUCAAGGAACUUAAAAGCUGCCUUUUCAGCUGUGAAAGCAUUAUCUGAGGCUAGCAUUCUGGAAUGCUUGCAGAGUGACACUAUGUGUGCCUCUCCAGUUUCGGCAUAUGCAGCUCUUUCGCUAAAUAUGUAUCUCCAGCAUGUUAGCAUCAGCUGUUCCAAGAGUUCCAGUACUAGGAAGAAAGCCUGUUUAGAUACUUCAGAAUCAUCUCCAGAGUGCGUUUCCUGGGAGAGUAUCCUAGGCAUGACAACAGAUCAUUUCCUGAAAUGCAGUCAUCAAUUGUUCAGAGAAAGUGCUUGUGAGAAAUGUGGCGUAUUGCUAUGGGGAUUGGCAGAAACUACAAGCAGAGGCCAUUCUUGUGGGCAGAAUAACAUGGAAAAUCGCAUCAAUGAUUCAGGAACAAGUGAUGCAUAUAGCUCUGAUAAAUUAUCGAGGAUAUCAAAUAUGUUGGAAGUGCUGACAGCUGUACUCAAGUUCAUUGUUGAUGCGACUACACUGGAUGUUGAUUAUUACAACCCAGAACGGUGUUUAAAAUAUGCACUGGAGUAUGUGAAAUUCAUCAUAUGCAAUUUGAGAGGUUGUUACAAAAGUCACCUGGAGUUCAGGGAGGAAGACUUGGCUAAAGUUGUUUUUUGUUUGAAGAUUUCCUUCACAUAUGCAGCCAAGUAUCUCAGUUCAUUACUCAAAAGUUCUUCAGUUGCUGCCCUACAAUUACGUGCACCCCAUGACCUGGCCCAUGAAUUGCUUAACCUUUUUGCUUCAGUUGAAGAAUACUUGGGGUAUAAACAUGCAGCUCGGCUUCUCACCUCCAUCAAGCCAUGGGUGCCUGACUUAAUAAUAGCAUUGGGAUCCUGGCACUUGCUGAAGCAAACGUCAGUAGGGAGUGCAUCUGACUAUCAUAAGUCCCCCCUUCCAUUGUGGGAAAGUGUUUUAGCAAAAAUUGAGCUCUAUGAGCUUCAAGACAUCGUCCCAGAAGAAGAGGCAGUUCGAGUUUCCAAAUCUGAGCGGUAUUCUGGAUUCAAUAAACUGGCACAGAUUAUGAUUCAACUGCUGAAAGCAAAUUCUGAAGUACUAGAUGUUGUUGGAGUAACUUUCUUGAAAGCUUCACUUAUUGGCUUGGAAAGAAAGGAUUUUGAUCUAGUGUUGGGUCUUCUUCAUUUUGUCUGCAUGAAGUUGGCUACGGAUGAAGAGUGGGAAAAACUCAAACUAAUGUUGGAAAUGAUCCAAAAGAUCUAUCCUCAACUCGAGGUUGAAACUAAACGAUCAAGUAACACUGAGGAUGAAAAGGAGAUGUUGAAGAGCGCAAGGGGCUUGCUUGAACCAGUUUGGAUGCAUUAUUUCUCCGGCGAGGAUGGAAAUACGAUGGAUGAAGAAUGAAAGAAUGUCAUUUUCCCUUGUACAUAAAUUUGCAGGCUUUGAUUGGAUGAUGUUGAUAAAUAGUAUAUGCAAGUUAUUGAUUCUUAAAGCAAUGAUAUUAUUGUUGAUUCAUGACUCUUGGGUGAAGUUAGAUGACGUACUCAUAAUUUUCACAUCCAAUAAACUUCUGACUUGCUCUUUCAAUUUGCUAACCAGCUUUACAGCACCAUCUGUCAAGUUAUUUGAUGUAGUCCAGCCAGAAGUAAGUGACUUGCGCGUUUAACCACUACAUACUACUCUAAGUUACUCAUCCAAAAAUGAGAAGUCUCGCGAAUGUAUUAUAAAACCUAAUAAUUAUGUUUACACAGAAAAUCCUGAAGGCCAAAAGCCUGCCAUUUCAGAUUUGAAUCCUCCACCUGAAUGCUAGCGUUAGAUUCAUUUCGGAUUUCCCAUACACCAUGAUCUAGAAAGCAGUUCUUAAUUUCCACAAGCCUUAUACCGGAAUGUCCUUCAAAUAUGCAGCAAUUGGCAUACCCAGGAAUCCAAUCAACACACUGAAAAACCAUUGCACAAUACUGAGAGGCGUUGUGUUUGCAAAGGUUCCUAGGUAUUCAAUGAUUAUGAUCUGGAAGAAGACAGUAGCACCCAUAACCGCCAAAAAAACUUGGUUGUCCAGUAUGCCAUCCAGAACAUCUUUUUUCUCCAUCUCCCUGGAGUUAACCUCAUUGAAAACCUGUAAAUUAUAAGCAAGACCAAGUUCAGAUACAAAAUAAGGUGUAUUCCGAGCAAAUCCAACCGAAGCGUACAAUCUGUAUAGCCACGAUGUUUGUGAGAAGUUACCUGGCAGAAGACAAAUGUAUUGAAAAUAAGAGUGUUGAGGACAAGAUCAGAAUCAGGGCCACGAAUAAAAAAGAAAGUUUUCCCAAAUGCCUGAAGAAACCAUAUGACUAAAAACUGAUAUAAGGAUUGUCCUAAGAUAUUCCUCCACAUGACAUUGCUUAUGAAAUUGCCUGUCCUUCCAACUGGUGGUCUCUUCAUUAGUUCUUCAUUAGGAGGCUCAGUAGCCAGAGCAAGUGCUCCCAGGGUAUCCAUUAUCAUGUUUACCCACAAAAGUUGAACAGCAGUGAGGGGAGCGCUUCCUGAAGCAUCAAAAGGAAAAAGUUUGGGAAACAGGCAAGGGUAGUCCAAGAGGAGAUGAAAACCGAAAAGUAAAGAGUUUUCUAACCAGUUAAACAAGCAGAAGAGAAGUUAACUAUCAAUGCUACCACAUUGACUGUCAGCUGGAAUUGGACAAACUUCUGAAUGUUAAUGUAGACAGACCGUCCCCAUUUGGCUACAGUGACAAUUGUGGAGAAAUUGUCAUCCAGAAUAAUUACAUCAGCACUCUCUUUGGCAACCUGAAUUGUAAGCGAACUGCAUCAGUGACAUUCAACAAGCACAAGCACUUCAAUGGUUUCAUUGUUCUGUUAAGUCAGUUUUUUAGGGUGAAAUACUCACUUCUGUUCCAGCAAUGCCCAUUGCAAGUCCUAUAUCUGCUUCAUGAAGUGCAGGAGCAUCAUUUGUUCCAUCGCCUGUCACAGCAACAACUUCAUUGAAUGUGGUUCGCAAUUGUUUCACAAGCAUGUGCUUAUCGAGUGGUGAAGAUCGAGCCAUGACCUAUGAGAAUAAAACAAUUUAGAGGCUGGUUUUUGGUGUAACUAGCACUCACAAUAUAAGCUGUUUCUUUCGAUUUACUGCUCUCCUACAAAAAGUUUUAGCACGUACCUGAAUCUUGGGAAUUAUUUUAAGCAAUUCUUCCUGGCCCAUUUCACGGAAAACUGGACCUUCUAUGGCUAUCCCGUCAUCAGUAAGUAUUCCACAUUCCCGAGCAAUAGCUUUUGCAGUAUUUAUGUUAUCACCGGUAACCAUCCGGACUGUUACUCCAGCUGAACGGCAAAGAGCAACAGAUUCCUUCACUCCUGGACGAACAGGAUCCUUGAUACCUACUAUGCCAAUUAAAGUAUAACCAGAAACAGGAAUGGCAUCAUCGGGGGAGAAUCCAGUUUCCAGAUCCAUAUAUGCGAGGCAUAGUGUCCGAAGUGCUUCACCAGCAAAUUGAUCAAUGGUAGUCUUUAAGUAAUUGAUCGAUUGUUCAUCAAGUGGCACAACCAUACCACUAGCAUCAAUCACCUUUUCACAGGCAGCCAAAACAAUUUCUGAUGCUCCCUUGGAAUGAGCUCGUAAGCCUCCUUCUGGGAGCUCCAGUACCACACCCAUUCUCUUCUUGGUAGAGUUAAAAGGCUCAACUUUAAUGAGCUUGGAUGCUUCUCGUUCUGCCUGAAAAUCUCCCCCAAGGGAUAACCCGAAUUCAAGGAUGGCAGUCUCAGUGGGUGUUCCCAAAAUCUCACGCUUUCCCUUUUUGCUGACAACUACUUCUCCUCCAGUGUUAUUAAAAAUAGACUGUAAGAGAGUUUUAACAACAAAAGUUGGGAUUUCAGAGGCCAAUGAAGAGCAUUCUUCAGGCUUUCCAACAUCCUUAACAGUCAUACAAAUGCAGGAUUUUACUACAGUCAUGUGGUUGGUUGUGAGUGUCCCAGUUUUAUCACUACAUAUUGUUGUGGCAGAACCCAUUGUCUCACAAGCAGCUAAAUGCCGAACAAGUGCCUUGUCGUUCAUCAUCUUUUUCAUUGCAAAUGCCAGACUCAAAGUCACAGCCAGAGGAAGUCCUUCAGGAACUGCCACCACAACAAUGGUCACAGCAACAGCAAAGUAUUCCAAAAUCUCCAAGGCAUCAUCUCCACACCAGCUCCAGUGUGUUCCUUCCUGAAUUUUACGCCCAAACAUUUUCUGCACUAACACAGCAAAAGUCACCACAGCGAAGAAAAGGCCAAUCUUCCCAAUAAUUGUUGCCACCCCAUUCAAUUUAACUUGCAAUGGAGUUUCAUCAUCUCCUCCUUCACUAAGGGUGGCCAUCAGUUUGCCCCAUUGAGUCCUCAUGCCAACAGUUGUAACCAGCAUCUUACCAGAGCCAUCUUGCACUUUAGUCCCCGAGAGCAGGAACGGGUUCUCCGCAGUGACCAUUACUGGCUCACUUUCUCCUGUCAGACUGGACUCAUCAAUUAACACUGAAAAUCCAGAGAGGAAGAGCCCAUCUGCCGGGACCUGAUCUCCUAUGGAAAGAUGGACAAUAUCACCUGGAAGUAGAUCAUAUAUAGACAUCUUUUGCCUAUAUCCAUUUCUCGUGACUUGAAUGGAAAUUUUCUUCUUUUCUUUGUCCAAGUCCCUGAACUGUAAAGAUUGUCGAUAAUCACUAGUUGCGGUAACAAACACCACUAACAUAAUGCUAGCAACAAUGCCAAGCCCAUCAUGAGCACCCUUUGGCCAUCCUUCGGUUGCAACACCUACAAGCAAAGACACGAAAGCACAUACUCCAAGGAUCAUGAGAGUCAUGUCCUGAAGUGCUUCCCAGACAAACAGCCAGAAGCUACGAGCCACGGUCUCCUGGAAUUUAUUAAUUCCAUAUAUCUCCUCUCUGCGGCUCAGCGCUUCACUAUCUGUAGGAAGGCCAUUUGUACUUGAAGUGGCAAGCUUGUUCGCAAUACCAGAAACUCCACCAUGAAAUUUCAACUUUUUCAAGUCAUGACCUUCUACAAUCGAACCUAACUCAUCUCCACAGAUCUCAAAACCAGCAGCCUGAACUUCCUUUGGUACAGUGUAGUCACUCGGUUGAACACCU